AUGCGUGAGAUUGUUCAUAUUCAAGUGGGACAAUGUGGAAAUCAAAUUGGAUCCAAGUUUUGGGAAGUAAUAUCAGAUGAACAUGGUAUUGAUGCAAGUGGAGCAUAUAAAGGAGAUAGCGACCUGCAAAUUGAAAGAGUGAACGUUUAUUACAACGAAGUGCAGCAAAGAUAUGUGCCAAGAGCCAAUAAGUUAGUAUCAAAUAAUAAACUUAAAAUCAGCCUGAUCAAAAAUGAUCAUAAAGCAAUAUUGGUGGACCUUGAACCAGGUACAAUGGACAGUAUUAGAAUGGGCAUAUUGGGCCAGCUAUUUCGUCCCGACAAUUAUGUUUAUGGUCAAAAUGGUACGGGAAAUAACUGGGCAAAAGGUCAUUAUACAGAAGGUGCUGAACUUGUCGAUAAUGUUCUCGAUAUCAUACGAAAAGAAACUGAAACUUGUGAAUGUUUACAGGGUUUUCAAUUCACGCAGUCUUUAGGAGGUGGCACCGGGUCUGGAAUGGGGACACUUUUAAUCGCAAAAGUUCGCGAAGAAUUUCCUGAUCGAGUCGUGGCAUCAUUUUCAGUCGUUCCCUCACCUAAGGUAUCCGAUACUGUUGUCGAGCCAUACAAUGCGACGCUCUCCGUUCAUCAAUUGGUCGAAAAUACGGAUGAAACUUUUUGCAUCGAUAAUGAAGCUCUAUAUGAUAUUUGCUUCAGAACGCUGAAAUUGACAACGCCAACUUAUGGUGAUUUAAACCACCUUGUGAGCGCAACAAUGAGUGGUGUGACCACGUGCUUACGGUUCCCCGGUCAGCUAAACGCUGAUUUGCGUAAACUUCUCGUUAACAUGGUUCCCUUUCCCCGACUCCACUUCUUCAUGCCUGGAUUUGCUCCACUAAUUUCUCGUAGUAAUCAAUCAUUUCGAGCUGUAACUGUAGUAGAAUUAACGCAGCAAAUGUUUGAUGCAAAGAAUAUGAUGGCUGCAUGUGAUCCGAGACGCGGUCGUUAUCUUACAGCUGCUGCAAUAUUUCGUGGACGAAUGUCCAUGAAGGAAGUUGAUGAGCAAAUGUUUAAUAUUCAAAAUAAAAAUUCGGCGUAUUUCGUUGAUUGGAUUCCAAAUAAUGUGAAAACGGCGGUCUGUGAUAUUCCUCCAAGAGGACUUAAAAUGGCUGCAACAUUCCUUGGCAAUUCAACCGCAAUUCAGGAAUUAUUUAAACGUAUAUCAGAGCAAUUUAUAGCGAUGUUUCGGCGUAAAGCUUUCCUUCAUUGGUACACAAAUGAAGGAAUGGAUGAAAUGGAAUUUACCGAAGCCGAAAGCAAUAUGGGUGAUCUUAUCUCGGAAUAUCAGCAAUAUCAGGCUAAUAUAGUUUAG